AAACAUCACACGCCACAACCAAUCUCCUCCGAUACAACACUUUUAUCCCAACAAUAUUCACAAAUAAUUCUCCAUAUGGCCUCAACAAUGGCAGAAACAAGCAGUUCAAACGUCAGAGACAAUCGGCCAUCUAACAAGCUACAGAGCCGGCUUCCGUCUUUAAAGAUAGAGAUUACGUCCGUCACUACGUGGAACGUAGCCAUCCCUCUGCUAUCGCCGCUCGCUUCCUCCCCCAAAUCAUCCUUCGACCAAUCUGCUGUUGCUUCGUCGCAGAACCAGGCUGAGAAACCGGCGGAUGAGGUGAAGAAGACGCCGGUUUUCAAGAAGUGGCAGCAUCCGGCGUCGCCGUUCUGCUACGACCAGACGACGUUUGUCCAGCCGUUCAUCUCAGUAUAGAAGGGUUCAUCUUAAUAGAUUUAACAUUCCAAGCUUGUUCGUGUGUCUACCGCACGUUUAACUAUUUUCACCUUUUAAUCUAACAAAUCAGAAUGCUCUUCUAAUAUCAUUGAUAGUUGUUGUUCUCCAAUAACAUUAACCAGUCAAAAGACACGUUCCACGUAUGACGUAUUAGUUUAGGGACUUCUCUUAUAAUAUUUAAAUGGACACCGAUUUUCCUCUGGCUCCAUGCAUGGACCGUUGUUUUCAUUCAUCUAUGGAUUUAUAUCCACUACAAUUUAUAUUACGAAGAACGAGUUAUAUUUGCU